ACAUCUCCUUGUGUUUACAAUAGCACGCACAAUCCAAACAAAACAAACUGAACUGCGACUGAAAAGGAAUGUUGGAAACUUUCUACAGAAUAAUUGCUUAUCUAAAGGAAACGAUUCGAUCGCUGCUUUAUUGACGUUAACACGAUAUAACACGAGGAUAACACGAACGAAGUGAGGGUGAAAAGUGAACUUCUAUCUGUGAUUGUACGCUACUGAAAGUGGACCAUAGUUGCGUGAUCCGCACAGCACAAGGUCGAAAUGGGAGAACGCAAGGGGCAGAACCUUUACUAUCCGCCGGAUUACGAUCCAAAAGCCGGCGGAUUGAACAAAUGGCAAGGCACGCACGCUUUGCGGGAACGUGCCCGCAAAAUCCAUCUGGGCAUCUUAAUCAUCCGCUUCGAGAUGCCGUACAACAUUUGGUGCGAUGGAUGCAAGAACCACAUCGGCAUGGGCGUGCGAUACAAUGCGGAAAAGAAGAAGGUGGGCAUGUACUAUUCUACGCCCGUGUACCAGUUCCGGAUGAAAUGCCACCUCUGUGACAAUCACUUCGAGAUCAAAACUGAUCCACAGAAUCUGGACUACGAGAUUGUUUCCGGUGCGAGGCGGCAGGAAAAUCGCUGGGAUCCAAAACAGAAUGAGCAGAUUGUGCCGGAAACGAAUGAGGUUCAGCGGAAGCUGUUCGACGAUGCUAUGUACAAGCUGGAACAUGGUGCGAAAGAUACGCAGGCGGCCGAAGAGGCUAAGCCCGUUCUGGGGCGACUCUUUCAACGCAACGAUUCCGUUUGGCGGGACGAUUUCGAAGCAAACAGUCGACUUAGAGCACAAUUUAGGACACGAAAAAAGGAGCUGAAACUUCAAGAAGAAAAGGACAAAGCUUUGCUAGGAAGGUCGAGCCUUGCGAUUGCCCUGCUCCCGGAAUGUGACCACGACCGACGUAUGGCACAGCUGAUGCGCUUACACUCAUCCAAAACAGUGCACGAGAAAGACAAAGAACGACGAAGUGCAAUCCUCAACAGGCCUGUGCUGCCGUCAACCGCGUCUAACAAAUCGGCAACAGUCACCAAGCAGGUUGCCGGUACGAAGCUGGAAACUAAAGCUUUGGGUAUCGUAAAACGAUCAGCUACAAGCUCAUCCGGGCUACAGCCGGGCGGGCUUAGUGAACAUGGUCCAGACGAAAAGCGGCCAAAAGACACAACGGCCGAAGAAACAAAAUCGCCCAGAGCUGACGAAGUCACCAAACGGCCUCAACUGCUGCUGUGCAAUUAUGGCUCCGGAUCAAGCGACAGUGAUUAGAGGAAGCAAAAAGAAGCAAAUAAAUUUAAGAAUACGCUAGAGUUAUCAUUA